CAUAGAGAAGCUGACGAGCCGUCUCACCACGCUAAGGGGCAGAGCGGAGGGCCGCACCCUGUUGCCACUGCCCCUCUGUGUGGAACAGGCUGACGAGGAGGACGAGAGGGUCUUCAGGUCAGCUGAGGGCAGCAUCGACUUGCCACUGCUGUACUCCAUCGAGACCAUGGUCAUCCAGUGGACUCAGCAGAUCUGGGAGGUCCUGCAAAAGGAUUCCAGCCAGGUCCUGCUGCGGGGGGACAAUGCUGGGCCUGACGCCGAAAUCAACUUCUGGGUCACGCAGAAAGACGACCUGCUAGGCAUUCAGAAACAGUUACAGAAUCCCAAAGUGGAAAAGAUUAUGGAGAUUCUCAAGAGGAUCAACAGCAGUUACGACUUAGCUUUCAGUGACAUUGUAACGAAGGUAAACCGAGCCGCCCUGGAGGCAGAGGACAUCGAGCUGCACCUGCGGCCUCUGAAGAGGCAGAUCAGCUACCUGGAGGACUGCAGCUUUGCUGGCGUCGAGCCGCUCAUUGGGCCGCUCUUCCACACCCUAUGCCUGAUCUGGUGCCGUUGCCACCAUUACUGUGUUCCGGCUCGAAUCGUGGUGCUGCUGCAAGAGUUCUGCAACCUACUCAUUGAGAAGGCCUUCAACUACCUCAUUCCUGAGGAGCUCUUUAAAUUGGAGCUGGAGGAGGGGGUCGAGAGGGUCCAGCGCACCAUCCACAUCAUCAGGAGCUUCAAGCAAAGCUUCCACCUGCACAGGGAGAAGAUCAGUCAAUACUACUCCAAGCGGGAGGAGGUGAAACCGUGGGACUUCCCAUCCAGCCUGGUCUUCCAGAGGACUGACCACAUCCUGGAGAGACUGCUGAUGAUAGAGGAGCUGUUUGCGUCAGCUCUGGACUUCCUGAAGCUGGAAAAGGUGGAACUAGGUGGGUGCAGGGGGAAGGUUCUCAGCGAAAUGGUGUACAGCAUGAACGAGGACGUCCAUGACAGCUGGAGAGCCCUGCGGGAGAGCAAGUACGACCCCCUGGACUACACCAAGAAGGACUUUCUCUUUGAUUACACCCGUCUCAUGGAGCAAAACAAGGACUUUGAUCAGCGGAUGGGCACCGUGCUCCACCUGGCCUUUCAGCAUUCAAGGGGGCUGCAGUCCGCCUUUAAGCUCCUUCAGAUGUUCGGAACCCUUCUGGAGAGACCAGGGAUCAACAAGCUAUUUACCUCCAACUACAUCAUCCUGCUGCACGUGUUCGAGGAGGAGAUGAUCUGCUGUCAGGAGGUCCUCGACAGCCAGAGAGAGAAGCUGCAGAAUGGCUGUGCUGUGCUGAGUAAAAACAUACCUGCGGUGGCAGGGCACCUGAAGUGGUCCCAGGAGCUGCGUGACAGAAUCCUGGCCAGCCGUAGCAACCUCACCAACCUGACUCACAUGCCUAUCGGUAUAAGCAAAGUAGAGCAGGCGCUGAAGAAAUGUGAAAGACUUCUGGAGCUCCUGGAACAACACGAUGAGGAGAUCUACUCAUCCUGGACAGCAGGGCUUGAAGAGUUGUGCCAUACUCACCUUCAAGAGCCUCUGCUCACCUUCAACUCGGAAACAGAUCUUCUUGAGGUUAACUUCAACCCAGCGUUGACUUCAGUUUUACGGGAGGUGAAAUAUCUGGGAAUGCUGAAAUACAGUGACAUACCAAAGGCGGCCCUCCAACUGUACUCAAAGAGAGAGACUUUGUACUUGUACACCCAGACCCUGUCCCUGGUCACACGCUUCUACAACAGACUUCACGGCACCAUUCUGGAGGUGGAGCUGCAUUUAGUUCAGGAGGACAUGGAACGGGUGGGAAGGCAGCUGCGUCCUGCACUGGAGAGCCUUUGUUGGGGUCAGGAGGACUUGUGGGAUUACAUUCAGCAGAGUCGGGACCUGGUGCAGGAUGUGGACGGCCGGGUGCAGAGGAGCAAGGCCAACGUGGAGGCCAUGCAGGAGUUGAUGCAGAGCUUCUACCAGGCUCCCUUUGCGGGGGGGAGGAGCCAGCGGCACGGCGGCCUCCUGACCGUCGGUCUCGUGGAUGACAGUAUCCACAGGCAGUAUGUCCUGAUCGCUGCCACCGGGGAUAAGAUCCACCAACUGCUCCAGGAGAACCAGGAGCUGCUUUGUGCCGACCCCGGAUCAGCAGAGUGGCAAGCGUACACAGAUUACAUCGACCGUAUCAUCCUGCGGGGCUUUGUUGGCGCUGUCCGCUGCCGCUUGCAGUACUUCGUUGAGAACACGGACCCUGCCUUCAGUAUCACGCCCCUGUUUGAAGUUCAGCUUGUCCUCAAUGGCAGUGACAUGAGCUUUAGGCCCCCAAUUAAUCUCACCAAGAGAGACAAUUUCUAUGACAUGAUUGACAGGAUGUUGGAUAACAUUUUUAAAAUGGCUUCCUGCAUACGAAGAGUAGCUAAGCACAACCAGACAGAGACUUAUCAGCCAGAUCUUGACCAGGUGGCAGAGUUAGCCGAACUUUCCCAGGUCAUCCGCAGCCGGGUCCAAGACACCAUCGCCAAGGUAACGGAGUUCCGGGGCACGUUUGCCAGCUACCGCUACCUGUGGAUGGACGACCGUGCGGAGUUCAUGAGGCAGUUCCUGCUCUACGGCCACGUGCUGAGCGCCGAAGAGAUGGAGCUUUAUGCUGACUAUGAGCUGGCCAAGAAUCCACCCAAGCUGGAGAACUUCAAAGAGCAGAUCAGCAGCUUCGAGUCGUUGUACGUCACAGUCAGUAAGUUGGAGGACAAGAAGAUUUUCGCUGGCUGGUGCCAGGUUGACAUCAAGCCAUUUAAGGUUUCCCUGAUGAACAUGAUCAAGAAGUGGAGCUGGAUGUUCAAGGAGCACCUGCUCAAUCAUGUCGUCAAUAGUGUCCAAGAGCUUGCGACCUUCAUCCAGAGAACAGAAGAAGGGCUGUCCAGCAAGGUGUCUGACGGAGACUAUGCAGUCCUGGUGGACAUUAUGAGACACCUCAUGGCUAUUCGGGACAGACAGAUCUCCACCAGCCAACACUUCAAACCUCUCAAGUGUACAGCGGCCCUCCUCAAGAGUUAUGGACAGCAACUCCCAGAAGAUGUCUACAUGCAGCUGGAGGAGCUACCGGAGAAGUGUGAGAAUCUGAAGAAGGUUGCGCUGACAGUGAAGCACGAGGUGGCGCCGCUGCAGUCCAGCGAGGUCUCUGUUAUCAGGAGGAAAUGUGUCCGAUUGGAGAUCAAGCAGCAUGAAUUCAGGGAACAUUUUCGCAAUGAAAUCAUCUUUCGGAUUGACACACGUGAUCCGUAUGUGCUCAUGGACAAGGUGAACCGGGCUGUGGCCCAGCUGGAGGUGGAGAUGAGGAGCCUGCAGGACACAGCGAGCCUCUUUGAGGUCAGCUUCCCUGAUUACAAACAGCUCCAACAGUGCCGCUCUGACAUCGUCCUGCUGAAAUCCGUCUGGGACCUGGUCGUAUUCAUCAAGAGCAGCAUUAAAGAAUGGACAAAGACGCCUUGGAAAGAAAUUAAUGUUGAACAGAUGGACAUGGAACUAAGGAGAUUUGCAAAGGAGAUUAAAACCCUGGAUAAAGAGGUCCGUACAUGGGACGUGUAUAUAGGCCUUGAGUCCACCGUGAAGAACCUUCUGACAUCACUGCGGGCUGUAAAUGAGCUUCAGAACCCAGCCGUGCGAGAGAGGCACUGGAAGCAGCUGAUGGCUACCACUGGAGUCUGCUUUGUCAUGGAUGAAACCACUGCCCUGGGGGAUCUGCUCGAGCUGCAGCUGCACCGCUUUGAGGACGAGGUGAAGAACAUUGUGGACAAGGCUGUCAAGGAGAUGGGCAUUGAGAAGGUGCUAGCAGAGAUUAAUCAGACGUGGAGUGUGAUGGAGUUCUCCUAUGAGGUGCAUCAGAGCACAGGAACCCCACUUCUGAAAGCCGACGAGAAUUUGAUCGAAACCUUGGAAGAUAAUCAGGUGCAGCUGCAGAACAUCCUGAUGAGCAAGCAUGUUGAGUACUUCCUGGUGCAGGUGAGUACCUGGCAGAAGAAGCUGAUGGUGGCCGACCAGGUCAUCUCCAUCUGGAUGGGUCUGCAGCGCACCUGGGCUCACCUGCAGAGCAUCUUUACCAACUCGGAGGACAUCCGGAACCAGCUAGCGCAGGACGCCCAGAGGUUCGAGGGGAUCCAUCUCGACUUCCAGACUUUGAUGGCAAUGGUCGUCCAAACGAAAAAUGUGAUCGACGUUACCAACCAGCCUGGAUUUUUGGUGACACUGGAUGAUCUCCAGCAAAGGUUGUCUGUCUGUGAGAAGGCCCUGGCUGAGUACCUGGAGACCAAGAGGCUCACAUUCCCGCGGUUCUACUUUGUCUCUGCCGCCGACUUGCUGGAGAUCAUUUCCAAGGGGACUCAGCCAGCACAGGUCACCCGGCACCUUCUGAAACUCUUUGACAAUCUUGCGGACCUGAAGUUCAGGGAGGUAGAUGGCGCAGAGGAGGGGCAGGAGACAGUAGCAGUGGGCAUGUAUAGCCGAGAGGGGGAGUACGUGCCCUUUGCUGAGCCCUAUGUCUGCAAGGGACAGGCUGAGCACUGGUUGAGUGGACUGGAGGCCAGUAUGCGCCACACCGUCCAGCAGGAGAUCAUGGAAGCCGUGGCUGCCUACGAGGACAAGCCACGAGACCAGUGGCUCUUCGACUAUCCUGCUCAGGUUGCUCUGACCAGCAGUCAGAUCUGGUGGGUGACUGACGUGGGCAUUGCCUUUGAGCGGGUGGAAGAGGGCUUUGAGAUGGCCCUCAAGGAUUGCAACCGAAAACAGAUUGCCCAGCUGAAUGCUCUCAUACACAUGCUUCUGGGGGAGCUCACGCCCGGGGAUCGUCAGAAGAUCAUGACCAUCUGCACCAUUGAUGUCCACGCCCGAGACGUGGUGGCCAAGCUCAUCGCUCAGAAGGUGACCAAUGGCCAGGCGUUUGCGUGGCUGUCCCAGCUCAGACACCGCUGGGAUGAGCACCUGAGGCACAGUUUCAUCAGCAUCUGUGACGCCCAGUUCCAGUACUCUUAUGAGUACCUAGGUAACACACACAGGCUGGUCAUCACCCCGCUCACAGACAGGUGCUACAUCACCCUGACCCAGUCUCUUCACCUUACCAUGAGUGGAGCACCUUCAGGUCCAGCAGGCACUGGCAAGACAGAGACCACCAAAGACCUUGGUCGUUCCUUGGGAAUUAUGGUCUAUGUUUUCAACUGCUCAGAGCAGAUGGAUUACAAGUCUAUUGGGAACAUCUAUAAGGGCCUCACCCAAACUGGAGUGUGGGGCUGUUUUGAUGAGUUUAACCGCAUUUCUGUGGAGGUGCUGUCAGUCGUGGCAGUUCAGGUCAAAACCAUACAAGAUGCUAUCCGAAAUAAGAGACAAAGGUUUCUUUUCCUUGGGGAGGAGAUCGAGCUGAAGCCCACAGUGGGCAUCUUCAUCACACUGAACCCUGGUUAUGCUGGCAGGGCUGAGCUGCCGGAGAACCUUAAAGCUCUCUUCAGACCGUGUGCCAUGGUGAUCCCAGAUUUUGAACUGAUCUGUGAGAUCAUGUUGGUGGCAGAGGGUUUCAUUGACGCUCGCGUAUUGGCACGCAAGUUUAUUAGCCUAUACACCCUCUGCAGGGAGUUACUGUCCAAGCAGGACCACUACGACUGGGGUCUGAGAGCCAUAAAGUCUGUGCUCGUAGUGGCGGGGUCCUUGAAGAGAGAGGAACGAUGCAGGCCUGAAGAGCAGGUCCUGAUGCGAGCCCUGAGGGACUUCAAUCUACCCAAGAUCGUCAGCAACGACGUGCCCAUAUUCCUGGGUCUGAUCAGCGACUUGUUCCCCCUGCUGGACGUCCCGCGGAAGAGAGACCCUGUCCUGGAGCAGGCGGUGCGGCAGUCGGUGGCCGAGCUCCACUUGCAGCCAGAGGAGAACUUCAUCCUCAAGGUGACUCAGCUGGAGGAGCUGUUGGCUGUGAGACACUCCGUGUUUGUGGUGGGGAGUGCAGGAACAGGGAAGAGCCAGAUCCUGAAAACCUUGCAUAUGACCUACGCCAACAUGAAAUUAAAACCCAUGUGGACUGACAUCAACCCAAAGGCCGUGACCACAGAUGAGCUGUUCGGCUUCCUCCACCCCGCCACCAGAGAAUGGAAAGAUGGCCUCUUUUCUUCGACCAUGAGAGAGCUCUCCAGCAUGUCCCACGAUGGCCCUAAGUGGAUUGUUCUCGAUGGGGACAUUGAUCCAAUGUGGAUCGAGUCUUUAAACACGGUCAUGGAUGACAACAAGGUCCUGACGCUGGCCAGCAAUGAGCGUAUCUCCCUCACAGCCUCCAUGAGGCUGGUUUUCGAGAUCAGCCAUUUGCGGGCCGCCACGCCAGCCACUGUGUCCAGGGCAGGUAUCCUGUACGUCAACACGCAGGACCUUGGCUGGAAUUCGUAUGUAACGAGCUGGAUUGAUACUCGACAUGCUCAAUCAGAAAGAGCUAAUCUGACUAUAUUGUUUGACAAGUAUGUUCCUUACUGCUUGGAGCAAGUAAGAUGUAAUCUGAAAACAAUUACACCAAUUCCUGAAAACAGUAUGGUGCAGACCUUGUGCUCCCUGCUGGACUGCCUACUCACCGCAGAGAAUACCCCUCCAGACUCUCCCCGGGAGCUCUAUGAGAUCUACUUUGUCUUCGCCUGUGUCUGGGCCUUCGGGGGGGCACUCUUUCAGGACCACCUCAUUGACUACCGUGCCAUAUUCAGCCGCUGGUGGGCCAAGGAGAUGAGAGUGAUCAAGUUUCCUUCUCAGGGCACUGUUUUCGACUACUUUGUUGACCCUGACAGCAAGAAAUUCACCCACUGGAGUGAAAAGACACCUUCCUUUGAGCUGGAAGCAGACAUUCCCCUACAGAUGGUCCUGGUCCACUCCGCGGAGACCAUCUGCCUGACAUACCUCAUGGACCUGCUGCUGUUGAAGGGGAAGCCAGUGAUGCUGGUAGGCAAUGCCGGGGUGGGCAAGACCAUCCUGGUGUCAGACAGGGUGUCCCGGCUGAAGGAAGACUACGUGUUGACCAAAGUGCCCUUCAACUACUACACCACCUCCGCCAUGCUGCAGCGUGUUCUCGAAAAGCCCUUGGAGAAGAAAGCUGGCCGAAACUAUGCCCCUCCCGGCACCAAAAGGCUCAUAUACUUCAUUGAUGAUCUGAACAUGCCAGAGGUGGACACAUACGGCACAGUACAGUCUCACACGCUUGUGAGGCAGCACCUGGACUACGGCCACUGGUACGACAGACAGAAGUUGACCCUGAAAGAGAUCCACAACUGCCAGUAUAUCACUUGCAUGAACCCUACAGCUGGAAGUUUUGUUAUCAAUCCUAGACUUCAAAGACAUUUCUCUGUAUUUGCCGUCCAUUUCCCGGGCACAGAAGCGCUCUCCACCAUCUACAGCAGCAUUCUGGCAGCCCAUUUCCAGCAAGGUGGCUUCAGCUAUGGGGUCACGAAAUCUGUUGAGACUCUUGUCCAAGCGGCCAUAUGCCUUCAUCAGAAGAUGACCCAGAACUUCCUGCCCACCGCCAUCCGCUUCCACUAUAUCUUCAACCUGAGGGAUCUGUCCAGCAUAUUUCAGGGGAUCUUGUUCGCCCUUCCGGAAUGCGUACGUUAUCCCAUUGAUCUGGUGCAUCUAUGGCUGCACGAGUCCUCCAGGGUGUACUCAGACAAACUGAUGGAGGAGAAAGAUGUUGAGCUCUUCAAUAAGAUCCUCCUGGAUACAGGGAAGCGGUACUUUGAGGGCAUCGACGAGUCCAUCUUCAUCCACCAGCCACUCAUCUACUGCCACUUUGCCCAUGGUCUGGGGGAGCCACGCUAUUCCCGGGUGUCCGACUGGGAGCGUCUGCAGAAGACGCUGGUGGACGCUCUGGAGCACUACAACGAGCUACAUGCCGCCAUGGACCUGGUGCUGUUCGAGGAGGCCAUGCAGCACGUGUGCCGGAUCAGCCGCAUUUUGGAGGCCCCACACGGCAACGCUCUCCUGAUUGGAGUGGGAGGCAGCGGCAAGCAGAGCCUGUGCCGUCUUGCCGCCUUCCUCAGUCUCCUGGAAGUCUUCCAGAUCACGCUGCGCAAAGGAUACAACAUCGGAGACUUCAGGAGCGACAUCGCCUCCCUUUACAUGAAGGUGGGGGUGAAGAACAUCGGUACGGUCUUCCUGCACACAGACGCCCAGGUCCCAGAUGAGUGCUUCCUGGUUCUUGUCAAUGACAUGCUGGCAUCAGGGGACAUUCCAGACCUAUUCAGCGAAGAGGAGGUGGAUACGGUCAUCUCCUCCAUCCGUGUGGAGCUCCGGGCUUUGGGACUCCUGGACACCAGAGAUAACUGCUGGCAGUUCUUCAUCGAGCGCAUACGCAGACAGCUCAAAGUCGUUCUGUGCUUCUCCCCCAUCGGCUUCACCCUGAGAACCCGGGCGAGGAAGUUCCCAGCCCUGGUGAGCUGCAGCGCCAUCGACUGGUUCCACGCCUGGCCUCAGUUGGCCCUGCAGUCCGUUAGCAGGACCUUCAUCGAGAAGAUCGACAGCCUAGAGCCUGAGGUCAGAGCAUCGAUCAGCGAAUUCAUCUCUUACGCUCACACCAGCGUGAACGAGGUGAGCGUGAGGUACCAGCAUAACGAAAAGCACUACAACUACUCCACACCCAAGAGCUUCCUGGAGUUCAUGAAGCUCUACGGCAACCUGCUAAGCAAGAAGAGAGCGGAGUUAGUGCGGAAGAUGGAGAGGCUGGAGAACGGCCUGCAGAAGCUGCAGACCACCUCGUCUCAGGUGGAGGAUCUGAAGGCCAAGCUGGCCGUACAGGAAGUUGAGCUGAACCAGAGGAACAUAGACACCGAGGCGCUCAUCACUAAGAUUGGCCAGCAGACAGAGAAGCUCAACCAGGAGAAGGCUGUGGCUGACGCAGAAGAGCAGAAGGUCGCGGCAAUCCAAGCUGAGGUCUCAAAGCAGCAGCAGGAAACGGAAAACGACCUCGCCAAAGCAGAGCCGGCCCUUCAGGCUGCCAAUGCCGCGCUCAACACCUUGAACCGGCUAAACUUAACGGAGAUGCGCACCUUCCCCAACCCCCCUACCAUCGUUGCCAACGUGUCAGCUGCUGUCUUGGUCUUGCUGGCUCCACAGGGCCGCAUCCCCAAAGACCGCAGCUGGAAGGCUGCUAAGGUGUACAUGAGUAAGGUAGACGACUUCCUGCAGGCCCUGGUGAACUUUGACAAGGAGCACGUCCCUGACGGCACGAUCCGUGUCCUGAAGGAGGAGUACCUGAGCGACCCAGAGUUCAACCCUGAGUUUGUGCGCCUUAAAUCAUCAGCUGCAGCAGGACUGUGUGCCUGGGUCAUCAACAUUGUCCACUUCCAUGAGGUAUCAUGUGAGGUGGAGCUGAAGCGACAGACUCUGUGCCAAACCCAUGCCGACCUGUUGGAAUCAGCUGACAAGCUGGAGGUCAUUCGCAGGAAGUUGGCCGAGCUGGACAGCAGUCUGGACACUUUGACGGCAGCCUUUGAGAAAGCAACGGCAGAGAAGCUGCGUUGUCAAGAUGAAGUCAACAGGACCAACAGGACCAUCGAGCUUGCCAACCGACUGGUGAAAGGUCUAGAGUCUGAGAAUGUGCGAUGGGCUCAUUCCGUGGCUCAGUACCACGAGCAGGAGAAAACUCUAUGCGGCGAUGUGCUCCUGACUUCAGCCUUCAUCUCCUAUGCUGGCUCCUUCUCCAAGAGUUAUCGGCAUGAACUGCUGGAGAACCUAUGGAUACCAUACCUCCACAACCAGAAGAUCCCAAUCCCAAUGACAGAGGGUUUGGACCCUGUCUCCAUGCUCACCGAUGAUGCCACGGUUGCCAAGUGGAAUAACGAGGGCCUGCCUAGCGACAAAAUGUCCACGCAGAACGCCACCAUCCUCAUCAACUGUGAGCGCUGGCCCCUCCUCAUUGACCCCCAGCUGCAGGGCAUCAAGUGGAUAAAGAGUCGCUAUGGUGCUGACCUCAGAGUCGUCAGCCUGGGGCAGAAAGGGUAUGUUGAUGUCAUCGAGCAAGCUGUGGUCACAGGAGAUCCCGUUCUAAUUGAAAACCUUGAGGAGACAAUCGACCCCGUGAUCGACCCGCUCUUGGGGAGGCACACAAUCAAGAAAGGAAGAUAUAUUCAGGUGGGGGAUAAGGAGUGCCACUUUCACCCAAACUUCCGGCUCAUCUUGCACACCAAGCUGGCUAACCCCCACUACAAGCCAGAGAUUCAGGCCCAGACGACCCUCAUCAACUUCACAGUGACCCGCGAUGGCCUGGAGGACCAGCUGUUGGCUGAGGUUGUGAACCUCGAGAGGCCUGACCUGGAGCACCUGAAGUCGGAUUUGACCAAGCAGCAGAACUCCUUCAAGAUCGAGCUGAAGCUUCUGGAGGAUGAGUUGCUGACCCGCCUCUCAGCAGCAGAAAGCAACUUUAUAGGGGACAAUCUGCUGGUGGAGAAGCUGGAGACCACAAAACACACGGCAGCUGAGAUUGAGAUGAAGGUCCUGGAGGCAAAAGUUAAUGAAGUAAAAAUUAAUGAGGCACGUGAACACUAUCGUCCUGUGGCCGUGCGGGCUUCACUGCUCUACUUCAUAAUGAAUGAUCUCAAUAAAAUCAAUCCAAUGUACCAGUUCUCACUUAAGGCGUUUAAUGUGGUGUUUCACAAGGCUGUGUGCCAAGCCGAGCCCUCUGACGAUGUCAAGAGGAGGGUGAACACUCUCAUCGACUGCAUCACCUUCUCCACCUUCAACUACAUCAGCCGUGGCCUGUUUGAGCGGGACAAGCUCACCUUCAGUGCUCAGCUGGCCUUCCAGCUUUUGCUUAUGAAUCGAGAGAUCGAUGUCCGUGAGCUGGAUUUCCUGCUGAGGUUCAACAUUGACCACAGCUAUGUCAGUCCGGUUGAAUUCUUGUCCAACUCAGCCUGGAGUGCCAUUAAGACCAUGAGUUUCACAGAUGAGUUCCGUGGGCUGGACCGAGACAUCGAGUGUUCACCCAAGCGCUGGAAGAAGGUGGUGGAGUCUGAGUGUCCCGAGAAGGAGAAGUUCCCCCAGGAGUGGAAGAGCAAGAGCUCCCUGCAGAGACUGAUUAUGAUGCGUGCCCUUCGUCCAGACAGGAUGACCUAUGCUCUCAGGAACUUUGUGGAGGAGAAGCUGGGAGCGCAGUACACAGAAGGACGCAAGAUCGAGCUUGCAAAAUCCUUUCGAGAGAGCGGGCCUGGCUCCCCCAUGUUCUUCAUCCUGUCCCCCGGCGUGGAUCCUCUGAAAGACGUCGAGUCCCUGGGUAAGAAGCUGGGAUUCACCAUAGACCUUGGAAAGCUGCACAAUGUGUCCUUAGGACAGGGUCAGGAGGUCGUUGCUGAGCUGGCCAUGGAGAAAGCAUCCAAGGAGGGUCACUGGGUCAUUCUGCAGAACAUCCACCUGGUGGCUAAGUGGCUGGGGACUCUGGAGGCCCUGCUGGAGCGCUACAGCGAGAGCAGCCACCCCGACUACCGUGUGUUCAUGAGCGCUGAGCCUGCGCCCUCGCCCCUCGAGCACAUCAUCCCCCAGGGUGUCCUGGAGAACUCCAUCAAGAUCACCAAUGAGCCGCCCACCGGCAUGCUGGCCAACCUGCAUGCUGCCCUAGACAAUUUUGACCAGGAUAUUUUGGACCAGUGCUCCCGUGAGCAGGAGUUCAAGACCAUCCUCUUCUCUCUCUGCUACUUCCACGCAUGUGUGGCUGAGAGACGCAAGUUCGGUCCUCAAGGCUGGAACAGGAAGUACCCCUUUAACACUGGUGACCUCACCAUAUCUGUCAACGUCCUCUACAACUACCUGGAGGCAAACUCGCAGGUGCCCUGGGAAGACCUCCGCUACCUCUUUGGGGAGAUCAUGUACGGGGGUCACAUCACUGACGACUGGGAUCGCCGACUUUGUCGCACCUACCUUGAGGAGUACAUGCAGCCCAACCAGUUUGACAGGAAACUGGCUCUAGCUCCAGGAUUUCUGGUACCAUCCAAUCUGGAUUAUCAGGGUUACCAUGACUACGUUGAUGAGAUGCUGCCACAUGAGAGCCCAGUGCACUAUGGGCUGCACCCCAAUGCUGAAAUCGAGUUUCUCACCGUGACCUCUGACAAUCUCUUCCAUACCCUGCUGGAGUUGCAGUCCAGAGACUCCGUCAUGGGCGAGGGUGCCUCGCAAACGAUGGAAGAGAAGGUGAAAAUGAUUCUCGAUGACGUUCUGGAAAAAUUGCCGGAGGAAUACAACAUGUCAGACAUCACCUCCAAGACGGCCGAGCGCUCGCCGUAUAUCCUGGUGUGCUUCCAGGAGUGCGAGCGCAUGAACAUGCUCACCUACGAGAUCCGGCGUUCGCUCAAGGGACUGGACCUCGGGCUCAAGGGUGAGUUGGCCGUUUCCUCGGAGAUGGAGCGGCUGCAAACGGCUCUUUUCCUCGAUAAUGUUCCCGACACGUGGGUCCGGCUGGCGUACCCUUCGACGUGUGGCCUGGGGCAGUGGUACUGCGAUCUGCUGCAGCGGUGCCGGGAGUUGGAUAGCUGGACGCAGGACCUGGCGCUUCCCAACGUGGUCUGGCUCUCGGGCCUGUUCAACCCACAGUCCUUCCUCACAGCUGUCAUGCAGAGCCUGGCCAGGAAAAAUGAGUGGCCCCUGGACAAGAUGAACCUCACUGUGGAUGUCACCAAAAAAUUUAAGGAGGAGUUCAACCAGCCUGCCAGAGAGGGAGUCUACGUCCAUGGGCUGUACUUGGAAGGGGCCAGGUGGGACAUCCAGAGUGGCAACAUCGCAGAGGCACGGCUGAAGGAUCUCACACCAGCCAUGCCAGUCCUCUUCGUGAGGGCCAUUCCCAACGACCGGCAAGAAACGCGCAACAUAUAUGAGUGUCCCGUGUACAAAACCAAAAUGCGGGGCCCCACCUACGUGUGGACCUUCCACCUGAAGACCAAGGAGAGGCCGGCCAAGUGGGUGCUGGCUGGUGUGGCCCUGCUGCUGAGCGUGUGACAGUAUUUAGGCAGCCCGGAACCGAGGGGAGAUGAGCUGAGCCACAGCUUCACUUCCUGAUUGGAACCGUAAUGUCUGUGCAUUGUUUUUCUUUGGAUAAGCUCCAGACUAUUAAAUCAGACCUGACUGAUGCCAUUUCAAAUUGUUAAACCGUAAAACAAUACAUUGUAUUUGUGUAAUGAAAACUUCUCUGACAGAUGAAAAAAUAACUAGUCACUGGAUUA